CACUUAGCUAGGGGUUGAGAGGUGUCAGGGGUCUUAAGGUGUCCUUUUUUUGGGAGGAGUUAUGUUUCAAAACCAAGUCACUGCAGCAUGGAAACAUAGCAACUGCUCCCUGCUCUAGAAGUUUCCUUCAUGAGAUAUACACAGAUGAUCUACUGCAGACAGUUUGCCAGGGGGAUACUGGGCAUUCCUGUGUAUGCAACUGUGCACACACAUGCGGUAUAUGUCCACGCUCCGGGGGUCGGCCGGCAGUUAAAUAAAGCAACGCACCAGGAGUGAAGGAAUGAGGAGAGCGGCAAAGAGGGAGGGAGAGCGAGAGAAUGACAGAGGAAGAGGAGGGGGGCGGUAGAGGAGCAGGGGAGAGAAAGAUUUAUUUCCACAGCUGAGUGCUGCCCCUCUCCUCUAUGGUUUGGCGUGGAUCUCGGAUAGACCGUUGAGAGGUGAAGAGUGACAAGAGAGCCAAGAGGAAGAGUUGAGGGGAAGAAGGGAAUAAACAGAGUGCAGGAGGAGGACUGUGGACAUGGAUGCCUUAGCACUAGAGGCCGCCAGCACUAAAAAGCCGGCCAACGGGGCGGCGGCGGCGGUAGCGGCAGCUCCCACGGUGCCGGCUCAAGCCCCGGCUAAACGUAAACCUGCUAAAAAAGCUAAAAAAGCUGUUGUUUUCUUUGAGGUGGAGAUACUGGAUGCCAAGACCAAGGACAAGCUCUGCUUCCUGGACAAGGUCGAGCCAAAUGCCACCAUCGGAGAGAUCAAGUCUAUGUUCCACAAGAGCCAUCCUCAGUGGUACCCAGCCAGACAGUCCAUUCGCCUCGACCCCAAGGGGAAGUCUUUGAAGGAUGAGGAUGUUCUGCAGUAUCUUCCUGUGGGAACCACGGCAACCUUCUACUUCAGAGACCUGGGAGCCCAGAUCAGCUGGGUCACGGUCUUUCUGACCGAGUAUACCGGCCCUCUGGUCAUCUAUCUGAUGUUCUACUUCAGAGUUCCCUUCAUCUACGCACCCAAAUAUGACCUCACCACCAGUAAACACUGGGUCGUACAUCUCGCCUGUAUGUGUCACUCGUUCCACUUCUGUAAGAGGCUGCUGGAGACGCUGUUUGUCCAUCGCUUCUCUCAUGGAACAAUGCCGUUACGCAACAUCUUCAAGAAUUGUACCUACUACUGGGGCUUUGCAGCAUGGAUGGCCUAUUACAUCAACCACCCGCUGUACACACCACCCACAGUCUACGGGGAGCAACAAAUCAGACUGGCCCUCAUCAUAUUCUUGUUCUGUCAGAUCGGCAACUUUUCCAUCCACAUUGCUCUUCGGAACCUCCGUCCACCAGGCUCGAAGACCAGGAAGAUUCCGUAUCCAACCAAGAACCCCUUCACCUGGAUCUUCCUGCUGGUCUCCUGCCCCAACUACACCUAUGAGCUGGGCUCCUGGUUUGGCUUCACAGUGAUGACCCAGUGCCUGCCGGUGGCCUUCUUCACCUUGGUGGGUUUCAUCCAGAUGACUGUGUGGGCCAAGGGGAAGCACCGCAGCUACCUGAAGGAGUUCCGCGACUACCCUCCUCUCCGCUCACCCAUCCUGCCCUUCAUCCUGUAGAGGACUACUUGACCGCUCCCUUGCCCAUUCAGCUCUGCCUGCUUGUAAGAGUCAAAUACACCCCCACCCAUAACUGAGAGGGUGCUCUCCCCUUACCCUCCAAAAUCUACACUGGAACUUAGUUGACUGACUGACUGAAAGAACCUAACCCCCUUUUCCCUCUUCUACCAAAUUUAAUUUGUUUCCUGUCUGCAAUCCCUGUAAUAUUGAGUGCAAAUGUAAAGCACUACACUUGCUCUAUUUUUUUUGUAUUGCCCACAAGCCCAUUCUGAUUGGUUAAUUGACUGAUGUGUGUUUGGGUUCCCAGAGCAGUUAUUCACCUUCAAACUACCCAGUGUACACUGAAUGACAUACUCUACAUAAAUAUGUUAAAGGAACAAUAUGUAGGACUGACAGCUAAUGUUUAAAAUGGGUAACAGUUGUCCAAAUUCAACACAUUGUUCAACACAAGUUAACGUUAUCUCUGUUGAUCCAGUUCGUUUGUUUGCUUCCAUGGCGCCAGAAGGCUGUGUUUGCGUGCCAAUUUUUUUCAUAUUUGGCAACAGGAUGUUGAAAUGGGCAGUGGACGGGAUCACAACGGCCAAAACAAAAACAGACGUUCCGGACCCGAUUGGAAAUGUCAAAGGAGAACAAACUGGCUGCAGCAUUGUUGUCGGAGAAGCCAGUAUUUCAAUUUAGAAUGUUUCCUUAAUCCCUGAUGACAUGUAAUGGUCAUUUUUUGAUUUUAUUACAGUAAAUAUAUUACAUAUUGGUCCUUUUAGAUAUCCAACCACUGUGUCAUCGAAUACUGUUGUUUUUAGGCUGAAUCUGCAUCUGGUGAGAUUCAGUAAAAUUUCACCGGUUUAAUUUUUAUAUCCAUUCAUCUAAAUUUGAAAUCAUGACAGCAUGUCAUUUUGUUGGUGUCUGAAGUAAUUUAUUAAAAAAAGUUAAACCAAA